AUGAACAAAAACGGAACCGCUAAAAUGAAUGAUAAUCAAAUUAGAGCAGAAGGUAGAAGGUUAUUUAAACGCUUCUAUAACAUUCCUGAUGGUGUUAAUCCUAAAACUCGUAGAAGCUAUUUAAAUGAAGCAAUAGAUGCAUAUGAAGGGUUUGACAUUUCAUCAGAAAGUGAGAGAUUAGCGAGAAUGUUAAAUGUUAAUAUUGAUUUCUAUUAUUGUGAUCCUCAACCAGAAGACGUGGACAUAAAUAAGGUAGACUUUCCAUUAGUGGAUUCAAUAAUGAUAGAUCCAGAAUUUGAAACAAUAAAUAUUUUAUUAACACAGAGUCCAUGUGGAAAACUUCACGCUGACAGAAUAACAGACGUUGAAGCACUCACCGGCUAUAGAGUUUGUCCAUAUUGUAAAGAAGAAGUUUAUUCUAUCCGUGAUGAUCCAGAAAGGAAAAACCAAAGAAGAUUUUUAAAGCAUUGUGAGAAAUGUAAAGAAAAUAAUGGAAGAUUAAUUCAAGACGUUCAAUUGCAAAAGACACAGCAACCAUAUGCACCACAUAUUACGAAACAGAAGAUAUAUCAGUGGUUAUUAGCUCAUAAUUUGCAGGAAUAUUAUCAACCGACAAGAUAUUAUAUUACUUUUGACUUCGAAACAUUAGAGACUAAAGAAGAAUUACAACUUUCUGAGUGUGCAACUUUGAACGCUUACUUAAAACCAUUCAUGGUAUCAUCAACGGUUAAAUUAAACGAUAAAACGUAUACAAGGAAUUUUUGCUUAACUUCAAGUGAUUCUUUUAUUUCUGAUUGGAUUGAGUUUUUAUUUUCAACAUGUUCAUUAGUUGCUAAAUCAAAUAUUGAACAAUAUGAAGAAUUAAUGAAGUCCCAUACAUUAAAUGAAAAACAGAAGGAAGCAUUUAAAGAACUUCUAGAUGAGGAAUUCAAUAAAGUGAAUAUCAUAGGUUUUAAUUCGGGAAAGUUUGAUUUAAAUUUAAUUCUUCGUGAUUUAAAUACUGCAAAAUGGAAAAUAAAAUCAAUGCUGGGUUCUUCUUCUCAAUUUAAGCAAAUCAUUGUAAAGAAAACAAACACUCCAUAUGAAUUGAGAUUUAUUGACAUCAGAAAUUAUAUAGCGGGUGGGACAUUAGACCAAUUCACUCAAGAUUUCGGAAACAAUAAAUCACGUGUUAAAUCCUUUUUCCCCUAUCAAUUCAUCACGUGGGAAAAUUACGAAGAAGAAUUAUAUAAAGUGGAACCAUUCACUCAAGAUUCAUUUUAUUCAGCAUUAACUCAAGAAACUAUAUCAGAUAGUGAUUAUCAAAUAUAUCUCAAUGAUGCUAAAAACUUUAAGAAUAGAUUAGAAUAUUUUAUUCAUUAUUGCAAUAAAGAUGUUGAAAUUAUGAUUGACCCAAUUGAUAAAAUUAUUGAAGAAACAUUUGUUUAUAAAAUUGACAUGCUUCAUAAUCUUUCUUUAUCAUCGAAUGCUUCAAUGA